ACUCUGCCCCUCGUUCUCUGGCAGGGCCCUAUGAUUUAUGCAGAAGCAGAGGCAGCACGCAAUCGAGCUGUCAAGAGAGCGUCAGCUUAUUAGGCAAAUGCUGCGUGGUUUCUGAAGAGGGUCGACACUAUAAAAUCCCACUCCAGGCUCUGGUGUGGAGAAACUCAGAGCCCAAGUCGGUUAAGAGACUGAAGAGAAGAAGAAGAAGGGAAGAAAAAGAGAGUGAGGACAGAAAGGAGAAGAGAAGAAAACCCUUGAAAAAGCCCCGGACACUCUCCUCUGCUGAGAGGCAGCAGUGCCCCACUCACCUGCAGAAGCACCUCAGAAGCAGGCACCCCUAACAUGCGGCUGCCACUGCUCUUGUCCGCGGGCGUCCUGCUGGUGGCUUUCCUGCCCUGCCCGCCAUGCAGGGCCCUCCUCAGCCGGGGACCCAUCCCGGGCGCCCGGCAGCCCCCGCCGCAGCCCCAGCCUCUGGAUUUCUCCCAGCUGCCGCUGCAGCCUCAGCAGCCCCAACAGCCACAGGCUCGGCCCGUCCUGCUCCGCAUGGGAGAGGAAUAUUUCCUCCGCCUGGGUAACCUCAACAAGAGCCCCGCUGCUCCCCUCUUGCCCGCCUCGUCACCUGUCGCUGGCGGCAGCGGCAGCCGCCUUUCACCGGACGAGGCGGCUGCCAACUUUUUCCGAGCAUUGCUGCAGCAGCAGCCGCUGCCCCGGCGCCCGCUCGACAGCGCUGCAGGUCCGGCUGAGCACGGAGCCGAGAACGCCCUCAGCAGCCGCCAGGAGACACUCGAGAGGCAGAGGCGAUCCGAGGAACCUCCCAUCUCGCUGGAUCUCACCUUCCACCUUCUCCGAGAAGUCUUGGAAAUGGCCAGGGCUGAGCAGUUAGCGCAGCGAGCUCACAGCAACAGGAAACUGAUGGAGAUUAUUGGGAAAUAAAAUGCUUCAAGUUUAGACGAUGCCCAGCAAGAGAGCCUACACUCCUUAAUUAGCAUGCACAACAUGUCUUCACGCGCAGCAACAGCAGCGAAAUGUUAUUUGUAUGGUCUGCUUUUAGUUUCCAUUUCCAGGUGUCUUUAAUGGUGUUUAGAAAGUAUGGACCCAGAAGGAAAUUUUUUGAAGCAGACAGAAGUCACUCUAUUUUGUUGUGGUCUGAGCCAAAGAGAAUGUUGGUGAAACAAACUCUGUAAGCUCUUUGAAUCAACUUUUCCUUGUAAAUGUUUCAGUAAUAAAAAAAAUCUUACCAAUCAUUGGUCAAUUUGGCUGUGUAAGAGAAUGUCGAAUAUUUAUAUUUUUAAUAAAGCUGCAAAUAUAAUCAUGACUUUA